UCAUAGAAACAAUUUGUAAAGUUGAAUGUAAAUAUUAACCCAAAAAACCUUUUUGUCAUGACGUUGUUUUUAUUUGUUUUUUUGGAUGUUUAGAAUGUUGGAAAAUGUUUAUGUUUAAUUCACAUCGAAAAUGUUGGAUUUCCUUCAUCUCCUUCGAGGAAGAAUCGUGGACUACAUCGAUAUCGACUUAACACUUUGGCUAACAUGGUGUCUAACCCCAUUGAUAGUAACAUUUUUACUUCCGUUGAUCAUCGUCAUUUUAUUUUACUUCACCGCAUUCACUUUGUACAUAUACAAACUCCAUUGGAGAAAUAUAAAAGACACGCUUUCGUCUGGAGAUAGAUGGACUGCAGCAAGAAAGUUCGUUGGAGCUAUUUGGGAUGCUCAUGGCUGGAUUUGGCAUAAUUACGAGAUAGAAGGAUGGGAGAAUAUACCAGACUCGGAACCCGCACUUAUUAUUUAUUACCAUGGAGCCAUUCCAAUAGAUAUUUAUUAUUUUUUAGCCAAAGUUUACUUAAAUAAAAACCGUAUGGUGCAUACAGUAGCUGAUAAUUUUUUAUUUAAAUUCUCAGGUUUUGGUAUUAUAGCAGAUUGCAUGAAGGUCAUACCUGGAACAAUACAAAGUUGCGCCAAUCUUCUUAAAGAAGGAAAUAUUAUAGCAAUAUCUCCAGGAGGUGUAUAUGAAGCUCAAUUUAGUCGAAAUUAUAAUUUAAUGUGGAAAAAACGUUUCGGUUUUGCAAAGGUAGCGAUUGAAGCUAAAGUGAAAAUCAUUCCGAUGUAUACCGAAAACUUGAGGGAAGCUUUCAGAACAGUGAGCAUAGGACGAAGAAUUUUUCUCCGAUUAUAUGCGCGUUUUAAGCUGCCUUUUGCACCAAUUUAUGGAGGAUUUCCUGUGAAACUUGUUAGUCAUAUUGGCAAACCAAUUGAUUAUGAUCCAAAUUUAACUCCUGAAGAACUACAAAAGAAGGUUGGCGAUUCUCUAACAGAGUUAAUUAAUAGACAUCAGCGUAAACCAGGAAGUAUUUUGAUGGGACUUAUGGAUAGAAUACCGUACUUUAGGAAACAUUUCCAUCAAAAGAUUAGUCAUAAUGAGUGAAAAUGAUAUACGUAUUAAAGAACAAAAAGUUUCUGUUGAUAAUUAAUGACCAAUUCACUCUAUGGGUUAGGUUGAAAUGAGCUGUAGAAUAUAGUGGUAUUCUUGCUUUAUUAUGAAAUUUUAAUAUUUUAUAAAUUUGAUGAUAAAAAUACUCAUGAGAGAAAAAUAAAUUAAAAUCUUUAUUUUA